CUCGUCGCGGACGCUGCUUGCUAUGGACGCCCCACCGACGUCGCCGUUUCAACUGCACAUUCAGCUGCCUGAAGCGUACAUGCCACCCACCCACCACCACCACCAACUGUACUACGGCACGCCGACAACCCCCGACAGCCACGACAUGUACUCGGGGGACGAGUCGCCGGCGUCCAGGGCUGGUGAAAUCGCGCCGUUCCUGCGAAACUUGCGCAACAUGCUCGAGCGAGAAAGCCCCGAAGUGCUGCGAUGGAACAAGGACGGCACGGCAUUUGAAAUCCACAACAUGGACGAAAUGAUGAACUCGGUCCUACCCAAGUACUUCAAGCACAAAAAGUACACGAGCUUUCAACGGCAGCUCAACUACUUUAACUUUAAAAAGUGGACCAAGAGCCGCGCCAACGUGUGCACGUUCUCGAACGAGCUCUUCACGCGCCACGACCCGUUUCGAAGCGCGUUCAUCACACGGAAAAAGUCCAUCAGUGGAUCGAAGGACCCCAACUUGACCGACACGGGCGACGAAUACGAAGACUCUAGCGGCCGACCGUCCUGUGACUCGCCGUGCUCGUCCGUGUGCGACUCGCCCGUUCUCGGCCCGACGUCCACGUCGUUGUCAAGUGUUCCCAAGGGGACGUUGGACCUGUCGUUCGAGUCGUUGAGUUUGCACAAAGCACGCAUGUCCCCGUACGAAAACAAGCACUUGACUCGAGUCUUGGGGGGUCGAAAAGCGAUGCGAAAAAUGCGGUCGUGCCCUGCGCCGGUCGAGCGAAGCACCCCCCUCCAGCCACACAUGCAUACGUUUGUGGACGACCUCAACUGGUUCGGAGACACCGAGUUCAACCACAUGCGCGACUCGGCCACCAGCAUGACGUCGGGGGAAUGGGACGACGACCCGUCCGAAAUGAACUGGGUCGACUUGCUUCCGUACAACGACGACGCGACCUUUUUCGACCCGCCCUCCCAAACGUCCGACAACAGCUUGAGCCCCCUGCGAGGUCCCUUUGUCCCGUCCAACACAGUCACAUUUUUCGCAGCGCUCUAGAGCUGUCUGUGCGCCGUUUGGGUGUAGUCAUCGAGAGGUUGUGUUUUUGUCGUGCAAGAUCGUUGGGAAUCUUAAUUUAUUUCUGUCGCAGUGGAA